AUGGGGCUGCUCCUUAACCGCCUGCUCGGAUUCCGGAAAGUGCUGGACUCCGACGGACCGGACGGUCCGGCUGGUCCGGAAGGACCCAGGACCCUUUCGGCCUCGUCGCCGCUGUGUGGAGGUGCGACUCCCCUCACCGCACCGCACGGUGUCCUGCAGACGCCCAACUUCCCGGGCCGGUUCACGGUGCCGCUCAGCUGCAGCUGGAUCAUUGACGCGUCGGCGCUCGUCGGCGGGAACGUGUCCAUCGUGGUGUACCUCACGCAGCAGUACGUCCUCGGAGGGCUGCGUUUUACCGAGUACAUGUACUACAGCGACGACUACAAGGUGCCGAGUAUGAACGUGUACGAGCUGGGCGAGGACGACGCGACGCGCGUCCCGUGGAUACGCUUCCAGAGUCCGUACCUGGAGGUGCGCUUCACCAUGGACAGCCUGUACGGGACACACCUGCGGGCCCUCGAUCGGCUGCUGGACGUGUACGGGUUCAACAUCACGUACGAGGUGGACACGCUGAAGACGCGCACCUGCAACGCGCUGUACUGUCGCUUCCUGGGCAACUGCUACGCCAAGCACGACUUCUCGUCGUAUUACUGUGACUGUUACCCGGGGUACGGUGGUCCCGACUGUGGCGACGGACCGCUGUGCAAGGAUCCGACCGUCUGCGAAAAUGGUGGCACGUGCAAGCAUCUCGGUGACAACACCAUCGUCUGUCUCUGCCCGCCCGGCUUCAAGGGUCACAGGUGCGAAGUCAGCGAGUACGACGAGAUCACAGGAUGCAAUCUGGAUAAGGAUGGUGAGGACUGCUUUCGACAGUGCAUCGCUGCGGCCGGUGACAGCCAGGACGUGUGCCGGUGUGACCAGAGCAUCUCAUCAUCCAACCGUGGCCGGGCCAAGUACGAGCUGUCGGUGCGGCUCGCGAACGCAUCCCACUUCGAGCUGAACGGCGAGAACGGCGAGUAUCAGCUGAACGAGUACACGGUGGCCGUGCUCGAGAAGCAGAUCAACCGAUUUCUCCGGAAUUUCAAUCUAUCCAAAAUUAACGACCUGGAAGUGUUUACGGGCAGGUAAGUGUCCUCCUUUAAUGGCCAGGGCAAUCCCACACCGGUGACGACGGUGACGACGUCGACGACCAACGCAAGCAAUGGCAAGCCGGCGACGGGGACGAAGAAUGGUGCCACCGGAACUGGCGUGGAGGUUAUGUUUCAAUUUUUCGGCCCCAAGGUGGACUCGGCCCGAGUGCGGGAAGCGAUGGAGAAGAUGACGGAGCGGGGCCGCAUCGGUAACAUCAGUCUUGUGCCCGGCACGAAGCUGUCCUUCCGCCAGUCGGUCGGGUUGCUGUUGCAGUCGGUGGUCAUCAAUCAAAAGGGACCGGUGCGGGAGAACACCGAGUUCAUACUGUCCUGCGUGGCGCAGGGCUCAUCAACGAUGUCCUUCCGGUGGUACAAGAACGGUUUCUUCGUGAACGUGACCAAAGCAACAAGAAACAUGUGGACCCGGCUGCUGCCGCUCGACUCCAAGGAUCACUACACCGCGCUGCUGAGCAUUGGCCGGGCGAACCGGCUCGACGGGGGCAUUUACACCUGUCAGGUGUCCGAUAUGAGCAUCCAGCAGUGUCGCUCGACGAAGGUGCAGAUCCUGGAGGCGCCCCAGCUGCGCGUCGAUCCACCGAGCGCCACCGUCUUCCGGGGCGAAUCGCUGCUGAUCCGCUGCCUGUCGCUGCAGGACACUGACCGCCGUGCCGGAAGCCUCGGGUACAGCUGGACGAAGAACGGCGCCCUGUUCCAGUCGGACCCGGCCCAGGAGCUGUGGGAGGACCUGUACCCGGACGGGAGCAUCCUGAAGGUGCACAACCUGCAGAAAUCCGUCGUGUACACCUGCAUCGUGUCGAACUCGGUGGCGCCCGUGUCACGGAGCGUCCACGUGACGGUCGUGGAACCGGGCACCGUCACGCUGUGUCCACCGGGCGCCGACUACGGCGUCAGCUGGCCGGCCAGUGCCAGCGGGCCGGCCGUGCUGGCCGACUGCCCGCAGCGGGCCACCGGGCUGGCGAGCCGGAUCUGCGAGCAGCGCGACUUCGGGCGGCCCGAGUGGCUGGUGCCGGACUUCUCCGACUGCGUACCGGAAGCGGUGCACCAGAUCAGCGACGAGUUCCGAGGCCUAACCUACGGGCUGCAGAAAACCAACGGUUCGAGUGUGCUGCAGUCGUGCCUGAAAUACGCAACGAGCCACCACCGGACGCUGCUGCCCGGCGAAGGUGGCUUCCUGCUGGGGCUGCUCUACGAGGUGUUUAGCUACAUCGAGACGACCGGAACGCGCCACGAGCAGGAAAUCGCGUCGGACAUCAUCCUGCGCAUCGUCGACCUCAUCAUGCAGAACAAGGUGUCCCUCAACAGUCAACAGCAAAUCAAGCAGCUGCAGGAGCUGGUGCAGGCGGCCGCCCUCAACCACGAGACGACGAUGGCGGCCCCGAUCUCAUCCUCGUCGUCCUCGGCCCUGCCCGCCGGUCAGCCUGGCCUAGCCGGGCAAUCCGGCAAGCACCCGACGUCGGGCGGAACCGCGACCCACCAGCUCAACUCGUUCUAUCUCUACACGGAGACGGUCAAAGGGCUGCCGUUUAAUUUGCAAAUUUACGGCGAUCAGCUCUACUCGGACCAGCUGUACAUGGAAAUGGACCGUUCCGGUUCGCUGCAGGAGAUCGUGGCGAACGGGACCGUCCUGGUGACGGUCAUAUCGUACAAAAAUCUCACCAGCUUCCUGCCCCGAUUUUACUUCGCCAAAAACAGCUUCGGCACGGACAUCGACUACAUUCCGGCGUCGAAAAUCAUCUCCAGCUGGCUGUACUACGCGAACCGGACCGGCAGCGAGGCGAACCAACCGCUGCACGUACCGCUGGAGGCGGCUCACGUGGAAAUCAUCUUCCAGCACGAACAUUCGCCCACCAGCGAAUGGAUUCCGCUGUGCGGCUACGAUGCCAAGGCAACGUUCGAGCCAACGUGGCGCACCGAUCUCUGCAUCACCGAGAACCUGCUGGAGAACAUUACGCGCUGCAUCUGCCCAUUAUCGGGCACGUUCGUGGUGCUGCUGGCGAAGAAGAACUACAACCCGUCGGUCCCGAAAGUGCCCACGCGACCCAUCUUCGUCGUCGUCAGCUGCGGUUGCUGUUUCCUGCAGUCCUGUGCCGCGUUCGCCGUCAUGCUGCCGAUCCUGUACCAGCGCCGGUGCUGUGUGACCUUCCUGAAAAUGCAAUUCUGCUCCGCCACCUCGAUGGCGAUGGCAAUUUUCGUGCUCGGACUGCUGCAACUAUUCCCACCGGAAUGGUAUGCACUGGUGAUGGCCCUCCUGUCCGGGUUUCUGCUGCUCGGUACCUCGACCCUGGUGGCGAUCACCGUCCUGGUGACGACGGAGCUGCACGGCCCCCGCAAACUGGUGGCCGCCACCAACCUGGCCACCGGCAUCAGCGGCAGCAUCGGGCUCAGCUGGUUCCUGCCGCUGCUGUGUGCCACCUCGACGCCGCUCUUCUACAACGUGAUGCUGGAGUCGCCGGCCCAAUGGUGGCACGAGACCGGCUCGUUCGGCUUCGUCCUGUUCGUCAUCAUCGAGGCCCUCUUCACUGCGCUGUUCGUGCUGCUCUUCCUCACCCUCAUCCGGCGGCUGCUGUACCUGGCCCGGAAACACGACAAGCACAACACCUCCAUCCUGCGAAGGAUCGGCCUGCUGUACCGGACCGGGCUGCUGUUCGUGUCGAACGUACUGUGCCACACGUUCUACCUGGUGUACGUCAACACCGACGGGCUACCGUCCGCGGGAUACCUGCUGAGCGGCAACAGCAUCGCACUGGGUUUUUGUAUAUUAUUCAGCUUCAUCGUGAAGGCGGAACUGAAGCACGACUCGACCGAGUCCAUCAGUAGCAAAUCUAGCACCAAAAAUAGUUUAGACGAAAACUUUUGCUCGGGAUCAAUCAAUAGUCCACUAAGUUUUUAUACAAAUCAGGAAUUAGAUAAGGAUAACGAAUGCCCACCGUCGGCGGCGGGUAAGACAACGAAAAUUCCUCUGACAAUACUGUCGUCGCAGCAGCAGCAGCAGCAACAACCUCACCACCAACAACAGCAGCAGCAGCAGCAGCAACCUUCUCACAUGACCACCAUCGAGCCGCGUCUGCUCGUGGACGGCCUGGAAGGGCACAACAUGGACACUGGGUUUCUGGGCGCGCACGGGUCGACGGGAGCUCCCACCAUCUGCCAGCAGCUGGUCACACACGAGACGGCCCUCGCGCUGGCAGCGUCCUCUCACGGGGCGAUCUGCAACUACACGACCAUCACGGGUCCUGCGUACGGCAGCGCUUGCUACGAUCUGGCCGGCAACCUUCUCUCGGCAACGGUUCUCCCCGGGGGGACCACGACCACCAGCGGCGUUGCCGGUAGCGCCGCCGGACCACAGGCGACCGCGCUGAUCACGAUCGAAACCAGUCCCGGCAUCGUGAUAGCGACGGGGCCACCACCGGGCCCCAGUCUGGGCUCGGGUAGCAACGGUGGCGGUGGUGGUGCCGGACAGCCCGCCAGCGUUAGCAUCGAGUGGCAUCCGCAAGCGGUUGGACCACCGCAACACUCGCACGCCUGUGGCCACCGGCCCGAACCUCUGCCGGCCACGGUCAGUUUCCUGCCAGCGCUGGCUACGACCGAUGGGGCCGAUUUCGUUGGCGUCGCUGCACUCGACAUCCUGCAGGGAGUCGGUCAAGACAGCAUCGUCGGGAUCCGGAGCAAGGCGCUCGAAGUGAACGACGCCGCCGCCAAGAAGGUAGUUACCGUAAUCGAAUCCCCGUGCCUGAUGGGACCGGUGAGUAGCUCGCCGCAAACGCGGAUUGGCAAGCCAAUCACGGCAACACCAUCAGCAUCACCGACGGUCCUGCCGUACUACUCGGAGCAAUCCGGCCCGCCGAUCAUUACCGUCACAACGACGACGGCGACAACGAUGGCGGUGGCGACGACGGCCACGCAGGCGGCAGACGAUCCGACACGGAUCGACGGUUCGAUGUUGGACCGCAUCUCGCACGACCUGGACUAUCUGCUGAACCGUACCACGGGCGAAGGACCGGCGGCGGCGCCGCCGCCACCACCGUCCACCAUCGUUCCGAUUCUGCUCCGGCCAACGUCAAGCUCCGGUAGCGGCGUGACGAGUGCAACGACCGGAACCAACACAUUGCCGACAACAGCCGGCCACCACCAGGCACCGUUGGGCUCCACUAGUGCACCACCACCACCAGCGCCCACUUGCCACGGUGUUCACGAAGUAAUUAUCGAAGAGUCGGAAGAGCUAGAUAGCUAA